AUGAAGAAGAAGAAGAAGGUAAAUAAUGAGAGUGAUCAACUGCCAAAACUGAAAGAAAGGCAUAUUGUUUCAUGGUCUCAGGAGGAGGAUGAUAUUCUGAGAGAGCAAAUCAGAGUCCAUGGAACUGAAAAUUGGACUAUUAUCGCGUCGAAAUUUAAAGAUAAAACGACAAGGCAGUGCCGAAGAAGAUGGUUCACUUAUUUGAAUUCUGAUUUUAAGAAAGGAGGAUGGUCACCUGAGGAGGACUUGCUCCUAUGUGAGGCACAGAAGAUAUUUGGGAACAGAUGGACCGAGAUUGCAAAAGUGGUCUCGGGCAGAACUGAUAAUGCUGUGAAAAAUCGAUUCACCACAUUGUGCAAGAAGAGAGCAAAACACGAAGCUUUAGCUAAAGAAAACAGCCAAAGUUCCUAUAUCAACUUAAACAACAAAAGGGUCAUAUUCCCAAAUGGAGGAGCUGAAAGUACCGUCCCAGUUAAAAAGAUGAGGGCCUAUUUUUCUAGCUCAACAGAAAGUCGAGAAGAAAAACUAGGAGGCGAAUCGGGCUUGGAGAAUCAUUUGCUGAGGUCCCCAUUUGCGGUGAUAGCUGAAAAUGUACAAAAUUGUGAUUUUAAAUUAAACACCCAUCUGCUCAUGAACCAGAUGGAGGCAUCGAUAGACAAAUCCAAAAAUAAUGAAAUUCAAGGAACAUUUCUUAAGAAGGAUGAUCCAAAGGUGCUUGCACUGUUGCAACAAGCAGAAUUACUUAGUUCACUGGCGAUCAAAGUUAACUUGGAUAAGACAGACCAGAGUCUCGAAAGUGCCUGGAAGGCCCUUCAAGAUUUUCUGAGACAAACUAAAGGAAGUGAGUUGGUCGAAUUUGGAAAUCUGGAUACUGAUAUUCAACUUGAGAAGCUGAAAGAGUUGGUGGAUGAUUUGAGGAGCAGUACUGAAGGCAGUAGACCUUCUUGGAGGGAAGACGAUGUAUAUGAAUCAUCACCAGCCAGUUCCGAGUACAGUACUGGCUCGACUAUGCUGCCAAAUAUGCCAGGUGAUAAAAUGGAAGACUGUCAAGCUGAAAUAUGUGUGCUAAAUCAAGACACUGAACAUGAAUUUCAAUCAAAUCAUAUACCCGGUCAUAAUUGUCUUGCUGAGGAAACUGGACUUUGCUCAACUGCAAGCACAAAUGCAGUGAACAUAUUAACAUGUGAUGGCAUCGAAGCUAAAAAUGAUGGAGUAUGUGAAUAUUCUGACACCGAAUUCAGAUCCCCCGUUCACGUGACCCCUUUGUUUAGAGCAGUAGCAGCAGCAAUUCCCAGCCCAAAAUUUUCUGAAAGCGAAAAGCACUUUCUGAUGAAGACACUGGGAAUGGACUUAAGUUCCCCGACUCCAGUUGCCAAUCCUUAUCAACAUCGAGCCUGCAAAAGGUCCCUUCUUCACUGCCUAUGA